ACAUGUUCCCUGUGGGGUGAUUGAAUGACAAAAAACAAAUUCCUGACCUUGCAUGCUCCUAGGCCCUGCUGUUUUCUGCUGCUUGGCUCCGCUCCAGUGCAGCUGCUUUUUAGAACCUUCCCUUGCCUUUUUACCGUGCCUAAGAUUCCCGAAGAGCCGAAGAAUUAAUUGUAUAACUUCGCGAACGCGUGGCUAGAUAAACUAGAGUUCAUUCUAGCGCAUGGUUGCUGUCCGUGGAAUUAGAUUUUGGAUUUUGAACUUCCGGGACGACGUGCUGUUCCGGAGCGUCCGACAGUGCAGUGUGGAGAGAAAGGAUAUCCGAGGAGCAAGUGGACAAAGGGCAGGAACAACGUCAAUGAGACGCAAGACCGUCAGUCAAUGAGACGCAAGACCGUCAGACCAUCGUGAACAAUGCUGCAGAGCUACGGGCGCCGCUGUGGUGCCACAACAGCAGCUGUUGCAUCAUUGGCGGUUGUUUUACUCGUACUUGCCACAGUUCCUGCGACAGUUGCUGACUGCACCGUUGGCUGUCUGAACGGGUUCAGCUGCAACACUACAGAGUCAGGAUGCGACUGCGGCCGUAACUACACUGGCACGUAUUGUCAGACUUUAUGGCCAAGUGUGACCCUGCAAGGCUGUGCUUUGCUCGCUCGAGGUACAUUCGACACGCUAACAAACGUUUAUGAGGAGGCCACCCUCCAGUCAACGGACGUCCAUCCUGGUCAUUGUUCAUUGGAGUGCUUCACUCGCAUGAAUCGAUUCUACUCCUCGCCACUUCCUGUGGCUAUCGGCUCGGAACCGACGUAUUUCUGCAUUUGCUACCACAGCCUGCCGAUCCUGACAUUCUAUCCAGACGCGUCAACAUGUAAUGUCGAUUGCCCAGGCUUCAGUAACCGGCAGGACGUGAGCUUCUCCUGUGGCAGCACCGUGAACACGUCCAUAUCUGUCUACCGCUUCUCAACAAUACCUCCUGUUGGUCCGUUCAUCACUACCACUCCUUCACUCACCACAGUCCGCUGGGUCCAGGCCGUGCACGUUACUCCCGGGGACGCCGUAACCAUGAACUGCGGGGUCUGGUCGCCUAGCAACCCCCUCAACUACACCUGGGCAGUCGACGGCGUGCCGUUGCCAUUGGUAGCCAAUCAGGCGACGUACUCGUUUGUCGUCACGACGACGACAGGAGCCGGCCUCUACCAGUGCAAUGUGACUAACUUGGAGGUCGAGCGGGCUGGUCAGAACUUUUCGCUUCCCAUCAGCCAAGUUGUGUCACGUUCUGUGAUUGUACAAGUUCCGCCCAGUGUCAGUGUGUCGCCGUCGAACGUAACCACGGUGAUCCGCGGUGAUGACGUCACGCUGUCGUGCACCGUCCACGGCGACUACCCCACCAGUAUACGCUGGAUGAACGCCACCACCGGACAGACCCUGGCCAGUACGUCUGGAUUCGCUCUCAGGACACUUCAGUUGUCCUUGCCACGCGCCAACUACUCCUCUAACUACACAUGCUUAGCCGAGAAUACGGAUAUCGUUGAGGCAUCCCAGCGCACAGCUAGCGCAUCCGUGACUGUCACUGUUCAAGUUCCACCGCAAGCCAUCAUCAAUGAGGGCAGCUCCCUGGUGGUGAGUGUACCAACAUCCGAUGGCUGUCUUGUAACCUGUACAUCUCCUGGAGAUCCAAGAGAGAAUACACUGCAGUGGAAUGUCACCACAGGCUCCAUCGUCUUGCCCAGCGGUACGCUGAUAACGACGAGCAGAGCACCCGGUGCGCUCUCGUUGUGCCUGGGCUCUGACUUACCCGUGCCGUUUAACCCACGCUGGACUGCAGAGUGUGUAGUUAGCAACGGUGGCAUCGUGAAUCCCAGCCUACGCAUCAACACGGCUACAAUAAACCUACUCGUACUUGGCCCGUUUCAGUUCAAACUGGAUCAGGCGUCAGCAUCUGUCAGCAUAGAUGAGUUCAGUAGCGGGCAGCUGCAGGCCACCAUAGACCAGCCAGCUCUGCCCGUUUCCACAUACUACACUCUCCAGUGGUUUCACGUUGUGGACGGAGUGCGCGUGAACGUAACAAACACGAGCCGCACAUACGAGAACGGAACGAGCGUCUGGCAGCUGGCGGGCGCGCGGAACUCAGACUCUGGCGUGUACCAGGCGGAGGCGACAAGCAGUGGUCACUUGGUUAUCGCUCUAUUUAGCCUAACUGUUGUCGAUCUUGACGAUUGCCUGGUGACGGGCCUGGUACAAUGUCAUACGCAGUCGUCCUGUGCCUACAACACAACCAGCCAGCAAGCAUCCUGUCCAUGCAACGCAGGCUACCAACUCACAACCAUACAGCAACCUGCCUGCGUGGAUCUGAAUGAGUGUGCAGCCACUCACGACUGUUCGGAGAACGCCACCUGUACGAACACCGUCGGAUCCUUCUACUGCACAUGCAAUGUGGGUUAUACUGGAAACGGGACGCAUUGCGUGGAUAUUGACGAAUGCAGCCAGCGGCCGUGCAGCAACGUCUCAUCGUGUACAAACACUGCCGGUGCGUUCUUCUGCCAGUGUAUGGCCGGAUUCAGUGGUGAUGGCGUGACGUGCGCGGAUCUCGAUGAGUGCUUGUUGCAGUCGGCGAGUGUCCGCGACUGUUCGGAGAACUCCACGUGCAUGAACACCAUUGGGUCCUUCACGUGCACGUGCCUGCGGGGGUUUUCCGGCAACGGCUCCGAAUGCGUCGAUGUCGACGAAUGUCAGAUGUUCACUGCCAGCCAGCUCGGCUGCGAUCGGGACAACUCCGUGUGCCUAAAUACGGUGGGAUUGUUUCACUGCCAGUGCAAGGACGGUUACAGCGGAAACGGUACACUCUGUACGGACAUUGAUGAAUGUCUUCUGCCGCCGGCGAUUCGGAACUGUUCGCAGAACGCCACCUGUCUGAACCAGCCCGGUUCGUAUGCGUGCGUGUGUUCGAACGGUUUCCACGGCGACGGCGUGAUCUGUGACGACACGGACGAAUGCUCGGUGCUGCUCCCUGUGCAGCGUAACUGCAGCAACAACUCCGUGUGUUCCAAUACGCACGGUUCGUUCACGUGUCAGUGUAACAUCGGGUAUGGCGGUGACGGGGCCAUUUGCUCGGACCUCGACGAGUGCAGCCUGGCUACUCACAACUGCUCGUCGCUGGCAACAUGUUCCAACACGCAAGGCUCGUACACGUGUAAUUGCAGUGCUGGGUACAAUGGUACCGGGUUCACGUGUUUGGAUUUGAACGAAUGCUCGCUUGGCAUCGACAACUGCCAUGCAGACGCAGUAUGCUCCAAUGUCAACGGUUCCUUCGCCUGUCGUUGUCUGGCCGGCUUCUCCGGUGAUGGAGUUCUGUGCAUGGACACUGAUGAGUGUCUUAUCAGUCCCUGUAGUUCCGAUGCGUUGUGCUCCAACUCUCCUGGCGGUUUCUCGUGUCAGUGCCUGCCCGGGUUCUCGGGGAACGGGGCCGCGUGCGAGGAUUUGAACGAAUGUCAGAUGAGCGUGGCGCCGUGCGCUGCCAAUGGCACGUGCACAAACACGCCGGGUAGCUUCAGCUGCCGAUGUCGCGACGGCUUCACGGGCGACGCGCUGCUGCAGUGCGCCGACCUCGACGAAUGUGCGGUCGGCGGUCCGGGCGUGAGUACGUGCACGGCGGAGCACAGUGCGUACUGUGUCAAUGACGUGGGCUCAUUCCACUGCGAAUGCUUGCAGGGCUACCAGCCGUUCAACUCCACUCUUUGCCUGGACCAGGACGAAUGCGGCCUGAGACUGGAUAACUGUGCGCAGAACGCCACCUGUACAAACACCGCCGGUGCCUUCAACUGCACGUGCAACGUCGGCUUUACCGGAAACGGAACGCGAUGCUCGGACGUCAACGAGUGUGACCUCGCGCCCAGCUUGCGCAACUGUGACAACAACUCGGUAUGUACGAAUUCCAUCGGCUCCUUUUCGUGUCAGUGUGCGAUUGGCUUCGCUGGCAACGGAACGAAAUGCAGCGACUCUGAUGAAUGUACACAACUAUCGGCGACUGCACGCAACUGUUCGCAGAACUCCACUUGUGCGAACAUCAUCGGGUCCUUCACCUGCACCUGCCUAAGUGGAUUCGUCGGUGAUGGUAGCGUGUGCACAGACGAGAACGAGUGUUUGCUGCCGGCGCAGAGUCGCAACUGCAGCAACGACUCGGCAUGCACGAAUACCAUCGGAUCAUUUCUGUGCCAAUGCCGUGAUGGCUUCACCGGCGACGGAGCAAAUUGUUCGGAUAUUGACGAAUGUUUGGCAACGGCGUCAUUGUGCACGGGGGAGAGACAAUGCGUGAACACACACGGGUCGUUCAUGUGUGUGUGCCGGUCGGGUUUCACAGGGAACGACACCGUCUGUUCGGACAUUGACGAGUGCGCCAGCGGCGUGCACGACUGUACGCAGAACGCCACUUGUGUGAACAGCAUCGGCGGCCACUCGUGCAGCUGCGCGACGGGCUUUGCAGGCAACGCCACCGUACUCUGUGCAGAUGUCAACGAAUGUAACGCAAGCAGCGCCGGACACAACACGUCCAGUGAACAGACACCUUCGUCGUCUCCGUGCGGAAACUACAGCACCUGUACAAACACGUUGGGAUCGUUCUUCUGCCCGUGCAGCGCGGGCUUCCAUCGCUUGUCCAGCGCCGCUGGCCCGACAGACGCAUGUGUGGACACAGACGAAUGUCUGAGCGCGGCCAACGCGUGUGUUAGCGUCAGCAACGCCACUUGCAAGAAUACCGUGGGCAGCUUUCGAUGUGAUUGCCUAUCUGGAUAUGCACGCCCUAGCAACGGCAGUGUCGUCAGCAACGCCAGUCUGCUGCUGUCGGACUGCCUUGAUGUAAAUGAAUGUGCGUCGUCUGCGAGUUCGCCAUGCCAACCGUUCACCACCUGCAACAACACCCUGGGCUCGUACGAGUGUCACUGCAUCAGCGGCUAUGUCCUGGUGACCGCGUUGGACGCUUGCGUGAACCGCGACGAGUGCUUGGACGGGUCCCAUGACUGUGCAGCAAACGCACGAUGCACAGACGCUAACGGCACGUAUGGGUGUGAAUGCCUAUCCGGAUUCACCGGUACCGGCACUGUUUGUUCUGACAUUGACGAGUGCAGUGCGGUGACGAUUCCCUGUGUUGGCUGUAGUAAUUACCCGACUGCGUGCGGCCAGAAUUCCAUGUGUUUGAAUACGGUGGGCAACUUCAGCUGCCAGUGUUUGGCUGGUUUUAAUGGUACCGAUCGGAUGUGUACCGAUAUUGACGAGUGUGUCGUGGGAAACGUGUGCCACGUGAAUGCCACCUGUAGCAAUGUCGCGGGCUCGUUUGUCUGUACGUGUGUAAGCGGGUACACGGGAAAUGGAACCAGCUGCCAAGAUAUCGACGAGUGCACACUGGGCCUAUUGUCGUGUGGAGUGCGUGAGUCAUGCUACAACACACUGGGUGCAGCUUAUUGUGACUGUGCACCAGGCUAUGGAG